UUGAGAGCGAGUGGACAGUAUCCGUCUCCUGUCACUGUCAGAGCUGGAGAUGAAGUCACUUUGUCCUGUGAAAAUAUGUUGGGCACUCUGGAUAGAUGUGACAGCACUGUCUGGCUUUUCAGCGGUUCGAGAUUCACAGCAGCAGUAGAGCUGAUUAAACUGGGACGGAUCGGUGAAGAAGCCAGAUCUAAAUCAGACAGACUGAGUGUCACAGAGAGCUGUUCUCUGGUUAUAAAGAAGGUCACAGCUGAGGAUGCUGGUCGUUACAUCUGCAGACAGUUGGACACAUCACGACGACAACAACAUCAAGACUCUGUGGUUUUUCUGUCUGUUGUCACCAUGACUGAGGAGAAGAGCAUAGAUGAGGUGACGUUAAACUGCUUCGUGAAGACGUAUGGGCGGUGCAGACGCACUGUGAGGUGGCUGUACCAGGUUACAGACAGGUAUACGUACAACGACGACAUAAAGACAUCAGAGUCUGUCUGUUCAGCCACUGUCACCUUUACAGCUUCGAAGAAGUUCGACUUACUGAAGUGUGAGGUGACAAACGGACACAAUGGAAAAGUGCAGCAGUUUCCCAUCAGCCCUCAGGCCUCAGGAUAUGAUGCAGCAACAGAAGCUGCACCGGCAGCGACGUCACCGGCUGCUGUGUGGGAAGAAUCAACAACGUUAAACCCAACAAAACAAAAUGCGUAUACAAACUGUUCUUAUGUGAACUACAUGAUGCUGGGGAUGCACGUGGCUGAGCUGCUCCUGCUGACUGUGGUCACC